AUGGCUUCUUUCUCUGCUCCCACCUCCACCCCCACCACCAUUUCUACCUCCACUUUCUGCCCUUCAUUCCCUAAAACAUCCCAGCUUUCGUUGAUCAAGAAGAGAAACCAUCCUUAUAUCCCUAGGGUUUCAUGCAAAGCCACAAAUGAUGAUUCACAAAACCCUACCACUAGAAGAGAUGUACUUAUUGGUCUCGGUGGCCUAUAUGGUGCGACAAGUCUGAGUGAUCCAUUUGCCUUUGCUAAGCCAGUCUCUGCUCCUGAUAUCACUAAAUGUGGCAGAGCAGACUUGCCACCCGGUGCGAAUGAAACAAACUGUUGUCCUCCAGUACCAGCUACGGAGAUCCUAGACUUCAAGCCCCCUCCUUCAAAUGCACCAUUACGCGUUAGACCGGCAGCACAUUUAGCUGGUAAAGAUUAUAUAGCUAAAUAUACCAAAGCCAUUGAGCUCAUGAAAGCUCUCCCAGCUGAUGAUCCGCGUAACUUCAUGCAACAAGCCAAUGUUCAUUGUGCUUAUUGUAAUGGUGCUUACGAACAAGUUGGGUUUCCUGAUUUAGACCUUCAAGUUCACGGCACUUGGCUCUUCUAUCCUUUCCAUAGAUACUAUCUGUACUUCUAUGAGAAAAUCUUAGGCAAAUUGAUUGGUGAUCCAACUUUUGCUUUGCCUUUUUGGAACUGGGAUUCUCCUUCUGGCAUGAAAAUGCCAGCCAUGUAUGCUAAUCCUAAUUCACCACUAUAUGAUAAGUUCCGCAACAAGAAUCAUCAACCACCAACAUUGCUUGAUCUUGAUUGGGAUGGCACAGACACUUCUACUUCAAACCGACAGCAGAUAUCUAGCAACCUUACCGUAAUGUAUAGGCAAAUGGUGUCUAAUGGCAAGACUGGUAAGCUCUUUUUCGGUGGUGAAUACCGUGCUGGUGAUAAAGCAGAGUCUGAAUUUGGCCCGAUCGAGAAUGUUCCACAUACUCCAGUUCACAUGUGGACAGGUGACAACACUCAACCAAACUCUGAAGACAUGGGCAAUUUCUACUCAGCUGCCAGAGAUCCAAUCUUUUUUGCUCAUCACUCAAACGUUGACCGAAUGUGGUCAGUUUGGAAGACAUUAGGAGGCAGGCGAGCUGAUUUGACUGACCGUGAUUGGCUUGACACCUCAUUCUUUUUCUAUGAUGAAAAUGCCAAUCCUGUUCGUGUUAAGGUCAGAGAUUGCCUUGAUACAAGAAAGCUAGGAUAUGCUUUUCAAGAUGUUGAAAUUCCUUGGCUACAAUCUAGACCAACACCAAAAAGGUUAGCCAAGAAAGUGGCAACUAAAGUUUUUAGCCAAGGCAAGGAAGCACAAGCAGCUGAAACAAAAAAGAAUGCAUUGACACCAAUUACUGCUUUCCCUCUAGUUUUGGAUAAAGUGGUAAGUGUUCUGGUUGCAAGGCCAAAGAAAUCGAGAAGUAAAAAACAGAAAGAAGAAGAAGAGGAGCUUUUGGUAAUUGAAGGAAUUGAGUAUGACAAAAAUUUACCUUUGAAGUUUGAUGUGUAUAUUAAUGAUGAGGAUGAUUCACUUAGUGCACCAGACAAGACUGAGUUUGCAGGGAGUUUUGUUAAUCUUCCUCAUAAGCACAAACAUGGGAAGAAAACGAAAACAUCUUUGAGAUUGAGUCUUACAGAUCUGUUGGAGGAUUUGGAAGCUGAAGAUGAUGAUAGCGUGGUUGUGACUUUGGUGCCUAGGUAUGGUAAAGGUCUUGCAAAAAUUGGCGGUAUCAAGAUUGAGUUUGAACGUGAUUAA